CUUCCUGAUGCGGACCCAUGAAGAGUGGGGUGGGGAGGAGAACUCCAGCUGCUUCCUUCCUAGCUUGUUUUCGGUGCAUUUCCUCUGAAAUUGUCUUGGGGAUGAAAAGGAGAAGUCCUUGCUGAUGGACAGAAUGGCCAAUCUUCCCAUGGAUUCUGUUCCCUCUCCAGUAUCUAGUGAUGCCCUCUCCUCUCCAGAUGAUGACAACUGGAAGCUUGAAAGUAUGACUUUCCCAGAACAAUUUGCCUGGGGCUCAGCAACAGCAGCAUAUCAGAUUGAAGGAGGCUGGGAUGCAGAUGGAAAAGGCCCCAGUGUCUGGGACACGUUCACCCAUCAGGGAGGAGAUCGGGUUUUCAAGAACCAGACUGGAGUUUAUUAUUACGACAAAGUGAUAGAUGGGCUGCUCUCCAUCGCUGUGACCCCUGUGGUGACGCUGUAUCACUUUGACUUACCUCAACAUUUAGAAGAUCAAGGUGGCUGGAGAUCAGAUGCCACAGUGGAAGCUUUUAAUACUUAUGCCCAGUUUUGUUUCAAAACUUUUGGGGACAGAGUGAAGCUAUGGAUCACCAUUAACGAACCAUACGUUGUUGCUGUGUAUGGCUAUGAAAAGGGUGUAAUAGCACCAGGUAUUGCUAUGCCUGGGGUUGGUGCAUAUCUGGCAGCCCAUAAUAUGAUCAAGGCUCAUGCUGCAGCUUGGCAUAGUUACAGUAGACUCUUUCGGGAAAAACAAGGUGGACUUGUGUCUAUAGCACUCAACUCAGACUGGGCAGAACCCUUCAAUCCAAAUUCUCUUGCUGACCAGGAAGCUGCUAAGAGGCAUAUUGCAUUUUGCUUGGACUGGUUUGCUACCCCAAUCUUUCUCAGUGGUGACUAUCCAGCUGUGAUGAAAUCUAAGAUUUCUGCUGCAUGUAAGAGGCAAGGUUCUCUGUCCUCACGGCUUCCUGAGUUUACUGAUCAGGAGAAGAUGAUGAUCAAAGGCACGGCUGAUUUCUUUUCUCUAAAUUAUUACACUACUCGCAAAAUUAAGCACCAAGAUCAUGAGAUCAGUCAGCCAAGUAUGUCUGCAGACAAAGAAGCUGAACAAGUAAUAGAUCCAUCCUGGCCUGUUGCAACCGGCAGUUCUUGGCUGGCUGUUGUUCCAUGGGGUUUACGUCGGCUGUUGAAAUACAUCAAGGAUACAUACAGUCACCCCAUCAUUUACAUCACCGAGAAUGGGUUCUCCCAAUGUGACCCUGCUCCGAUUGAUGAUGCUCAGCGAUGGGAGUAUUUUAGGCUGACUUUACAGGAGAUUUUAAAAGCAAUUUACACUGAUGGUGUCCAAGUGAAAGGCUACUUCGUAUGGUCCCUUCUAGACAACUUUGAAUGGAUUUGUGGAUACAGCUCUCGAUUCGGACUCUUCCACGUAGAUUUUGAAAAUUCAGCACUCCCUCGAGUUCCUUAUAAAUCAGCUUUUGAAUAUGCAAAAAUCAUUGCCAACAAAGGACUGAUGAAACCACCCAGAUAACAAGUGUAUACCAACACACCAAUCAACUGCAUGUGAUGAUUUUUUUAAACGUAAUUUUGGUUUUCAAUAAAUGUUUGUGAAAAAUGCAGUCAACAAAAGGCAGUGUCAGAACAAUAACUGCACAAGGGAUGUAAAACCUAUAAACUGUAAGAUGUAGCUUUUAAGAAAUAAACUCGAAAUGCUGGGCUGCUUUAUGUCAUGUAGUUGCACAAUGUUUAUUACCGGACUGGGCAGAAAUUCAUUAGAUAAACAUAGGUAAUUAACCCACAUUGAUUGAAUAGGUAGAGCAUCAA